CGGAGCGCGGGGCGGGCGCAGCGAGCCGGCGCAGCUGUCCGGAAUCAUGACUGAAGAUGACGGAUUCCGUGGUGGUGGAGGGUCACGUCAAGUUGAGAGACGGAAAAAAGUGGAAGAGCAGGUGGCUGGUGCUGCGCAAGCCCUCCCCGGUGGCAGUUUUGCUUCUUUUAGACUGUUUGCUCAUGCUGGUGUACAAGGAUAAAUCUGAGCGAGCAAAAGGGCAUAAGGAGAGGAGCAGCAUGACCUUAGAAGACAUCUGUGGCUUGGAUCCUGGGCUGUCCUACGAGGGCCUCAGUCACACGCUCGCCAUCAUCUGUCUGUCCCAGGUUGUGAUGCUGGGGUUUGACAGCAAGGAGGCCAUGUACGCCUGGGAUGUGCGAAUACGCUACAGCCUGGGGGAAGUUCAUAGAUUUCAAGUCUUUGUCGCCCCUGGCACAAAACUAGAGAGUGGGCCUGCUACCCUGCAUUUCUGCAAUGACAUCCUUGUCCUGGUGAAAGACCUUCCUCCCAGUGUCAUGGGGCAGUGGAAGCUCUCGGAUCUGCGGCGCUACGGGGCUGUCCCGAACGGAUUCAUCUUCGAAGGGGGCACCAGGUGCGGCUUCUGGGCUGGUGUUUUUUUCCUCUCUUGUGCUGAAGGGGAGCAGAUCAGCUUUCUGUUCGACUGCAUCGUCCGCGGCAUCUCCCCGACCAAAGGCCCCUUUGGUCUGCGUCCAGUGCUCCCAGAUCCAAGUACAAACCCAGCCUAUUCAGAAGAAAGAUUGGCUCAUGAAGCUUUGCAAUUAGAAAAGCGUUUGAGCUUGCUGUCCCAUACAAGUCGUCAAGGUAGUGGAGGAGAUGACAGGAGUAUUUCAAGCUCAUCUUCAGAUACCAGCCACUCGGAUGUCAGCGUUGGGAGCAGGCUGACAGUGUGGCCUGAGCAAUCUUCAGCCAGCACCUCUCAGGAGAGCCAUGGGCUGGCAGCUGCCAAGGGCAUUCACCUGGGAGAAGAGAAGACCCUUCCAGAAGGGGCACGUGGCACCGCCAAACCCCCUCCAAAGCCCCUGCGGUCCAGACAGCUGCAGGAAAUAGGACGUCAGAGCUCUUCUGACAGUGGAAUAGCUACUGGGAGUCACUCUUCCUACUCUGGGAGCUUCUCUUCCUAUGCUGGGAGCUUAGACAUUUGCCAUGGUGAUGAGUUUGGAUCAUUGCUAAGCUUGCCAUUGAACUUCCCUUCAGAUCAGAGUCUAUGUACUUGCCCUCACAGUGAGUCCCAGAGAGGUGUGGGAUCAGAGUAUCAGGUUCCCAGCUCUCUCAGACACGUUUAUGAUAUACCCAGGAGUGUGUUACAGGCAGCUUCUAAGGAAGUGCAGCUCAAGAGUGCAGAUUCCACGCUACCCAAGGACCAGGCCCUGCCAGCUCAAGGUGCCAGUGACCCAAGACUGCUGCUGCCACACUUGGAAGCACGGAGGGGAGCUGAGCACAGCCAGCACAGAGGGAGGCCUUCAUCCUUACUCACAGCAAGCAGCAAGGACUCAAGUGAUGAGACAUAUGUGGAUUUUGUUUCAAGGUGGUCAGACACAAAACCACAAGGACAGGUGUCAGACUCCAAAAGUAGUGAGCUGUCACCACCUGGUGGGGCCUCAGCUGACCCCUGUGACACAUGUAGCCCCCACCCUGGGAUGACAAGAGCUCUUUUUUCAUCUUGUCCAAUCUGUGGUGGACUAAAGGUAAUAACUUUUUCUGUUGUUCAUGCUGAAAUGGAGAGGCUUAGCACAUGGUUUCCUCAAAAUCUGUUCCUAGUCAUGGAAACACUGAACAAUAGAAACCACAACCACUACUUUUAAAUUGGCCAAUUUUGGCUUUGGGUACAUGUAAGUGAAAGAGGAAAGUUUUUCAGGCACUGGAUUUGUCAUAUAAUGGCAAGCAAGCAUGAAAGACACUGACCUUUUUUUUUGCUGUGAGUAUUUACAAAGAAAGAAGGGAGGUGAAAUAGUAUGUGCUGCUCUUAAGGAGAUCUGAGUGCAUACUUUUAUUUUAUUGAUGUUUUCCUUUUCUUUGUCCCUGUAGUUUGAGCAUGCCUUGCACAAGAAGCCAGGUUAGACCCGUUUCUCACUGAGGAAAUACAAGAUAGCCAAGUCAGCAUGGCAGUCUGGUUCUGUGACUGGCCAAUGACAGGCACUUUAGAGCAGGUACACAGAAUUUCACAAACAGUCUACAAACAGGACAGUUUAUUUGCAGGGAAAUUUAUUUUUAUCACCAGUCAUGUAAAGAAUUAAUACCUAAACUGUGGAGGUUCACUUGCCUUUCCAAACACAUUUGCCAGUAUCUAAGACUGAUAUUCUUAUAAAUUCUUUUUGGACCUGCUAGGUUCUUGUCUUUUUAUGGCAGUAAGCUUUAUACAUCAAUUAUACAUUGUAUGAAAAUGUAUCUGAUUUUAUCCAUGCCAGAGAAGAUUUUUUUUUUUUUUUUGUGAAUGUGUUUGCUAAAAUUGAAGUUAAAGCUACUUGUAUUAGUGAGCUCUUGAAAGGCUGGGAAGGUUAGAGGGAGUGCUUAAUUUAGGGAAUGUGUGAAGCAAGGAUUCAGCAAGAGAGACUUCUGCAUGAAGAAUUAAACACUGCCAUUGAAGUGUGUGCAUUUAAUUAAAUAUGAGAUUACAUAAACCACUGCUAUGGAAAGGGCUUGAAUGCCUAGUAGGUGAUGAAAGAAAAAUUAAAAGGUUAUAAAUUUGAGGGAUUGUUUUCUUCUCAUGAGGUGUUUCAUGCAUUUGCAUUAUUGAGUGCCUUCACAUGUUUGCAAACUGGAAAGAUCUGUCUGCCUGGGCCACUUGCACAGCCCCGUCACAGCACCUUGGAUGUUCCUGUGCCAUGUGCCUGGAGCACCUGGCAGGUAGGGAGGCACCUGUGGGACAAGUUGUCUAAGGUUAUGGUCAGUGGAAUCAGUGAUUUUCCAAGGCCAUCCUUGCCAGCCACCUGCACCACAAGCCCUCAAAGGCCUCCAGCCCAGUUCUGGAAGUGUGGCUGCAGGCAAUGGGGUGCACAGCCAACAUCUGCUGUUGGCUUCCUGUGGCUGCUCCCUGUAGUCAGGGAGAAUUUGGGGAAAAUAACCAAGACUGAUUUCUGGAAGGGCUCUGCUUUGGGGUUAGAAAGCUUAAAAGUGGCUUUGUUAUAGGCAGGGAGGAAAGGAGUAAUUUAGCUACAAUUAGCUCACAUGGCCUAAAUGUUUCUGGGUGACCAGAAUUGUUGGUUUAGAUGUGAAUUUGUCAGAUCUUACCCUAGCUAUCUGUGGAAGAUGGGAAGCUGAAAGUGAGUGUUCCAUUGGAUAUCUUCAAAAUCAUUAAGUAAAAAAAAGUAAAUUAUGUCAUUACAACUGCCUGUUGACCCCAAUGACAUAAAUACCCACAUCUUUUAUUACAAAGCGGUGUCAGGUUUAACAGUGUUUCUAGCUGCCCUAAUAAGUUGGCAAGAAUUUCAGAUAUUGUCUAUACUUAAACAAAUUUAGUGAUAAACACUGGUGCAACCUUCUUCCUAACUUUUGUUUUAGCAUGAGAUAUGUACAUCUGCUUUUUUUUUUAUCAAUCCAUUUAUAAGCAGUCACGAAAGAAGUCUCAUUAAAUGGAAUGAUUCAUGGGUUUGUUUUUACUUUUGAAAGAAAAAAUAACCCUUUGGUGCACUCUCUUGAACUGUCAUGAAUGAGUUAUUUUAGCAGUAUUUAAUGGACGCUGUCUUUGGCAUUUCUCCUGAUGAGUUCAGUGAAAGAACAAAUCCAUAGGCUGUAACUAAAAAAUAAUUAUUACUCCUUGUACUUUGAACAGAAUAUAUUAAGUUAGGGCCAGGAAGAGUUGAUUUAUGGGUUGAUGAAAACACCAGGUUUUAAUGUUUAUUCAAAUUCGUACUCAAAAAGCUUUAAUGUGCUGGUGUUUGGAGUUCCUUUGCAAUUUUGAGUUAAGCUGUUAAUUAAAUUGUGUUAAUGGCUUUUAAAUGCCUACUAUUUAAAGUGACCUGAGUGGAGGAGAGUCUGCAGCAGUAAUUAAGGCUAUAGGCAUUAGUUUGUUUGUGCCCUUUGGCACAAAAGGCACAUGGAGGUUAGGUUUGUAGUUUUGGGCAUGUCUGUGUGCAUGUUGGAGUUCAGCAUGUGGAGAGUUGGAGAGAGGUUGCAGGGUGAAGAUGGGCAUGGUGGGGGUCCUGAUGGGAUUGACUUGUUAACAACCACCUGCUCCUCUAGUGACAAAGACGGUGGUGAAAACAGGGAGAACAGGCCUGGGAAAGUGCCAAGGCUCAAACAGAAAACAGGGCAAGGAAGCCUUUCUGUCACUCUGCAUGAAAAAUAGAACCAGCAUGACAAGAGUUACUAAAUAUUGCUUCUAUUACUUGUCUGUUGUAUUUCAUAUUAGACAUUGGGGGCUAAGAAGCAAGCAUGCAGGGUGAUUUGCUUUCUGUUGUAUGUAAUUGUGCUGUGCUCAGGAUGUCCUUUACAGAUUUCCAAGGUGUGCUUUUGCUAUGUAAUUUGACCUAGAUGAUUUCAGUGCUGUAGAUGAUUGCAGAGGUGAAUUAAUUGUCUAUUGUAAGUAUAAUUUAAGCUCAGAAUUGAUUGUUACAAUUUCUGAGUAAGCUGUAGAGAUUUAUUAUUAGACUUUACUUAUUAUGUUUUUAACUACUUAACUAAUACUAAUUUGAUGAAUAGAAUUUAAUUGUAUGCUUGUUGCUCUGUAACUUCCUUUGAUGCUAUAGUUUGAGAAAUGUCAACUUUUUUAUAGGGUUUUUUUUUUUUUUACAUCACCAUUGUUUGUAAAUUUUCUUAGAAGUCUGAAAAAUAAAAGUAUUUUCCAAC